AUGGCCUACGACCGCUACGUUGCCAUCUGCAUUCCCCUGCACUAUGGCACCCUCCUGGGCAGCAGAGCUUGUGCCCACAUGGUAGCAGCUGCCUGGGCCUGUGGCCUUCUCUAUGAUCUGCUGCACACAGCCAAUACAUUUUCCCUGCCCCUCUGCCAGGGCAAUGCUGUGCACCAGUUCUUCUGUGAGAUCCCCCAGAUCCUCAAGCUCUCCUGCUCCACAGCCUACCUCAGGGAACUUUGGCUCAUUGUGGUCAGUGCCUGUUUAGCCUUUGGCUGUUUUGUGUUCAUUGUGGUGUCCUAUGUGCAGAUCUUCAGGGCAGUGCUGAGGAUGCCCUCUCAGCAGGGACGCCACAAAGCCUUUGCCACCUGCCUCCCUCACCCGGCUGUGUUGUCCUCAUUUGUCAUCACUGUCAUCUUUGCAUACUUGAAGCCCCUCUCCAUCUCCUCCCCCUCUCUGAAUCUGGUGGUGUCAGUUCUGUACUCAGUGGUGCCCCCAGCAGUGAACCCUCUCAUCUACAGCCUGAGGAACCAGGAGCUGAAGGGCAGCCCCUGA